AUGUCAACCAAACGUGAUGCGUUUAUAAAAACAAUUGAAAAGCGUCGUAGUGUCUAUUCUCAAGAGCGCUUAAAUCAAAUAUUACAAGAAGCAUUACUAGCAAAAGAUAAAGAACCAGGUGAUCGUACAGCAAAAGAUUAUAGACGUAUUAAACGUUUUGAUAUUGUUGAAGUACAUGGGAAAAAACGUUUAGUAGCAUCACGAACAGAUGAUGAAAAAGAAAUGCGAUUUUUCGUAUCAAUCGAGGAGAUGUUUGAUAUUAUUGAUUUUACCCAUAAAAAAAUGAAUCAUGGUGGACGUGAUCGUUUAUGGCCAAUAUUAUCAAAACAGUAUGCGAAUAUACCCCGCGAAGUAAUUCAAACAUAUUUAAAAAUGUGUGACUAUUGUGUUAAACGUCGUAAAAGACUUCGUGUUAGUACGGAAGAAGCAGAUAAUGAUGAUACUGAGCAACCACUACAACAACAUCAACAAAUCAAACAUGAACAUGAUCAAUGUGUUCAAAAUAAUUCAUCAUUAUUGUCAAAUACCACAUCUAUGACGACAACAACACCGAUAACAUCUUCAGCAUCCAUCCCAUCUACCCAUUCAGUUGACCCACACAGUACAAACAUACAACAAGUUUUUAAUUCGACAGUAGCAAAUUCAUCAUAUCCAACAGUAACACAUUUGAUGAAUCGUUUAUGUGAAUAUGAUAUGAUUGAUUUGCAAAAUGCUCAUGAUGGUGAAUAUUUUUAUGUACUAGUUUAUCAAGAUUAUUUGACAAAAUUUACACAAUUACGACCAUUGAAAAAUAAAGCAGCUUUGGAAGUAGCAACAAAUCUGAUGGAUAUUUUUUGUAUAUUUGGUCCACCUCUAGUCUUGCAAUCAAAUGUUGAUUUACAAAUCGAAAAUAAUACUGUUCAACAAACAUUAGAAGCUGUAUGGCCCGGUAUACGUCUGUUUCAUGAUGAUUCAACACAAUCACGUGAUACAACAAAAUUACGUAAUGAACAAAUUCGAAGUAUGAUUGCUGCAUGGAUGUUUGUUAAUAAUAAUCCACGAUGGUCGUAUGGUUUAAAAUUUGUUCAAUUAACGUUAAAUUCAAACCAAAAUCUAGAACUAAAACGUUCACCUUACGAAGCCAUGUUUAAAACAUUACCAGUAUUACGACCAGCUACGGUCACGUUAUCAACCGAUACACAACCAAAAAAUGAACAACAAGUAUUUGUCAAAUUUUCUGUUAUGCCACAAACAUCGUCAUCUACAUCAUCAGCAUCACCACCACAACAUCAACAUCAUCCACCACAUACGCCAACAUCAACAUCGACAAAUGUUGAUCAACAACAACAUCAUAAUUUUGUCACACCUAAUGUAAAUAUAUUAUCUGGUCCAAUUGAUUCUGAUAUGAUUAAAGAAGAAAUGUAA